CGACUGCAUGUGAAAGCAAACACCAAACACCAAACACUCAACACCCAUAAACAUGCAUAUUAUCAUAUCGCAACACUGAGCCCAUGGCUGAUAUAAAAAAAGAGACCGACGGCCCAACGCCGUACUCGGAUCGUGCUUUCGACUUGACCCUUCUUCCCGAUUUCGACAACGACUUUAUCAGAGAGGAGGAUGUCACUGAAUUCUCACGCGCGCUUGCCGUACCUGAACAUUCCCCAUCGACCGAAGACCUUACCUCGCCACAAGCCGAGCCCCCUCCAUUCAUAACGGCGCUGAAUGACUGGAGACCAAUUCAUCAGCGAGUCCGGCGGCGAAAGCGAAACAAGAAGCCACCACGGCGUGGAAAGGAUGAGACACGAGAAGGAUUCGUAUACGUUCUCCUGAAGUGGCCGUUACUCGUACUUGUUUUUGGCUGGCUACUGUUCUUGAGCAUAUCGUACGGCUUGACACGUCUUUACAUCUACCUUUACGAGCAUUGGAUUACAUGGAGGGGCACCAGGCAGAGGCUACGGAAGCAAUUGCAGAGUGCUGUAUCCUACGAACAAUGGGUAGCGGGAGCGAAGGAGUUGGAUACACACUUGGGUAAUGAUUCAUGGAAAGAGGUGGACGACUAUGCGUACUAUGAUAGCAAGACGGUUCGCAGAGCCCACGAUCAGAUGGUUAGGUUGAGGCAGAAGGCCGAAAGUGGCGAGAAUGCGGCUUCAGGAGAUCCCGAGACGCAGAGAACGAUCGAAGAACUCCGCGGCCUAGUCGAAGCGUGCGUAAAGAACAACUUCGUCGGCUUUGAGAAUCCUCGACUGUAUAGCGAAACAUACUACGGCACAAAGAAUUUGGUACAGAAGUUCGUCGAUGAGCUGGAGCUUUCUAUCUCAUUUCUCUCUCGUACCAAACUACUGAGUGCAGAUACGAAGCGGGCUUUGUUCAAACACAUCAGUACCAACUUUGGCCGUACCGCUUUGUGCCUCUCUGGUGGCGCUACUUUUGCGUACUAUCACUUCGGAGUAGCCAAAGCACUUCUUGAUGCUGGGCUCAUGCCGGAAGUUAUCACCGGUACAUCUGGGGGCGCUCUUGUUGCCGCGUUACUGGGCACGCGAACAGACGAUGAGCUGAAGAAUCUUUUGGUCCCCGCACUCGCCCACCGCAUUACCGCCGCCCAUGACGACACUCUGACUUGGUUCAAGCGUUGGUGGCAGACCGGCGCAAGGUUCGACAGUGUAGACUGGGCAAGAAGGUGUGGAUGGUUUACAAGAGGAAGCAUGACCUUUCGGGAAGCAUAUGAGCGUACCGGUCGCAUCCUCAAUGUGUCAUGUGUGCCAUCAGAUCCGCACUCCCCAACGAUCCUUGCGAACUACCUUACUUCACCUGACUGUGUGAUCUGGUCUGCAGUACUUGCGUCCGCUGCAGUCCCCGGCAUUCUCAAUCCAGUUGUUCUGAUGAAGAAGACGAAAGACGGCACACUCGUACCAUACUCAUUUGGCCACAAAUGGAAGGAUGGAAGCCUCCGUACUGAUAUUCCACUAAAAGCUCUUAACCUUCACUUCAACGUGAGGUUUUCCAUUGUCAGUCAAGUAAAUCCGCAUAUCAAUCUAUUCUUUUUCAGCUCUCGUGGAAGUGUUGGCCGACCAGUUACGCAUCGACGUGGGCGCGGAUGGCGCGGCGGUUUCCUAGGGAGCGCAAUCGAACAAUACAUCAAACUCGAUCUCAACAAAUGGCUAAAAGUACUUCGGCACUUGGAGCUCCUGCCUAGACCGAUGGGGCAGGAUUGGAGUGAGAUUUGGCUGCAACGCUUCAGCGGAACAAUCACCAUUUGGCCAAAGUCGGUACCAUCAGAUUUUUGGCAUAUAUUGUCGGAUCCAUCACCACAGCGUCUUUCUCGAAUGAUACAUGUCGGUCAACAAUCCGCCUUCCCAAAACUAAAAUUUAUUGCGAACCGCGCGAAAUUAGAGCACUUGAUCCAACAAGGACGUCGCCAAUACCGACCACGAGGCUUCAAGGAUGGCGACCUGACGACUGUCCUUUCUGAAGACGAUAUCCACAAACUUCUCAAGCGCACUAAGAGUGAUGGUCCGGAUGGAAACGGGAAAACAUAUGCACUAUCGGAUUCGGACUCUGUUACAAGCGGACCUGGAUCACCAGUGGACCUUCCACUUGGAUUUACAUUCACCACAUCCAAGAAGCCGGCCCGACUGAAAGCAGACGUGCAGCCUUCAAAAGCACCAGCAGCACCUGAUAGUCCUUCCCUAAGCAAAAGGAUUUCUGGCUGGUGGUCAUCGUUAUCCCCACAGGACGCCCAGAACCCCAACCCUCCUCGCCCCAGAGAUCUACCUCAGACAUCUCUCCACUCCCACGACAGACCCAACAGCAUGUUCGAAUUCCGCAAUCCGCGGGACCAAGCAGUGCGAGACUUAUAUGACCAAAGCGGCCAUCUCUCCACACAACACCGCACAGGCUCCUUCCUGAAAGAACUCCGGCGACAAAGCAGGGUGUUCGUCGAUGACGACGAUGAUUCAGACCCCGAGGACUCCACGUCUAAGAGAUACGGUGAUCCCAAAUUAAACGCAUAUCCCUCUCAGCACAGGGACGCCCAGCCCGGAGCCGAAGGUGCCGACGAUCGCGACAUGUUCGGCGAUGACGAGGGCGGCGAGACAGAAGCUGAAGGCGGCGAUGCAGGUGUCGGAUUGGGUCUCGGGAGAGACAUUCUUGGCUAGAUGGUUAACUGGCUCGCAGCAUGUUCGCGGCAUGGUUUCUGCAUUAUUAGACAGAUUGGACCUAUUUUGCAUAUCGAUUGGAUAUGGUUAGAGUAGAAGGGGUUAGUUUGUUUCCCAUGAAUUUGUGUGCGCAUUGUUAGCGGGCGUACUUGAUUUGUUUCAUCGUCAUAGGGUUUUAUAGUUGUAUUGGUAUUUCCUUUGAUAGGCAUACAGCUUUUUUCUCUCCA